AGCCAUUUUGGCUCAGCGGUUCACGGCCCGGAGGCCGCACAAGACCGCCCUGAGCAAGCGCCCAGAGCAAGAGAGGUGCGAUGGCGACCGCGCGGCCAGUCGUGUCCGUCUACAAGUUCGAUGCCCCCGCUGAGAAGGAGGACGCGACCAUCCCGAUGCCGGCCGUGCUUACCUCCCCGCUGCGCCCCGACCUCGUGCGCUACAUCCACACCGCCGUCUCGAAGAACAAGCGCCAAGCCUACGCCGUGACCCCCCGGGCUGGCUACGAGACCGCGGCGGAGUCCUGGGGCACCGGGCGCGCCGUGGCGCGCAUCCCCCGCGCCCCCGGCGGCGGCACGCACCGCGCCGGGCAGGCCGCCUUCGGCAACCAGGCGCGCGGCGGCGGCAUGUUCUGCCCCACGAAGAUCUGGCGCCGGUGGCACCGCCGCGUGAACGUGACGCAGAAGCGCCACGCGGUCGCCACGUGCCUCGCCGCCAGCGCGCUGCCGCCGCUGGUGAUGGCCCGCGGGCACCGCAUCGGGGCGAUCUCGGAGCUGCCGCUGGUCGUGUCGAGCGGCGCGGAGUCCAUCCAGAAGACGAAGCAGGCCGUGGAGCUGCUCAAGUCCGUCGGCUGCGCGGAGGAGCUGCAGCGCGUCAUCGAUUCCAAGAAGGUGCGCGCUGGCAAGGGCAAGAUGCGCAACCGCAGGUACACGAUGCGCAAGGGCCCCGUGGUCAUCUACGAUGAGGACAACGGCAUCGUCCGCGCGUUUCGCAAUGUCCCUGGCGUGGACACCAUGUGCGUGACCCGCAUGAACCUCCUGAAGCUUGCGCCCGGUGGCAAUUUCGGCCGUUUCGUCAUCUGGACGGAGGGUGCCUUCAAGAAGUUGGACGAGGUCUUCUCUACGAAGAAGCACUACAUCCUUCCGCGCGCCCAGAUGGAGAACGCGGAUGUGGCGCGCAUCAUCAAUAGCACCGAGGUGCAGUCCAUCCUCAAGCCGAAGUUGGAACCCCCGAAGAGGUUCGCCGUCAAGAAAAACCCGCUGAAGAACUCCGCCAUCAUGGCGAAGCUCAACCCCGGGGUGCUGCACAAGCGGGCGCUCAGAGCGAAGAGCCACGAGAAAGGCACGGCGGAGGGGGACCUGGUGCAGGCCAAGAAGAAGGCGCGCCUGGCGGCGGCCAAGACCCACGCCAAGGAGAGCAAGAAGGGCGACUCCACGUACUACAAGACGCUCAUGCAGGCCUUCAUGGACAAGGCCGCCGAGUCCCAGAAGAAGCCAGAGGAGGACGCCGAGGGCGGCGACGACGAGGAGUGAGCUGUCUCGUGUGCGCGUCUUCUAGUUACGGAGGCCGGGCCAUCCUAAUCAUCAU